AUGGCGAUUACGACUGCGGUGACUCUGCCGCCAGCAUCGAGAAAGCUUUAUCUGGAGCCAGCACCUAUUUUUGACGCCUCAGAUGUCGCCGAUAAACGCAGACAAACCUUGAAACGUUUGCUAGAAAACGGCCAUUCAACAGUAGCGCCUCUCCGCGAGCCAAAGCUAAUACUUCAUAGCCACCUUCCUCAUUUGUUGGGAUCAGCUUAUAUCCUUGGUGCUAGCAGCAAGCUACUAGAAGAGCUAUACGAACACGAAAUCACGGAAUUGAUUCAUGUCGAUGACAAGUUUAUUCGAGGGCACAGUAUUUCUACUGAGAAUUGGAGGGACUUUCUUACGCAGAAAGAGUACACGGUUGCCUAUGUUGACUUUUUUGAUGAGCAAGUAGCGACCGAAAAUGGGGAUUGGAAGAAGGUCCUUCAAGAGUACCUAUAUUCCGGAUCAGAGCCCAUUAUUAAUGGGUUAAUUGGUGGCCUUGGCCAUCCAUUUAUCCACCUUGCGUAUGCCUGGGAACUGCAGAGCGGAGAGGUAGCAACGGAAGGGCUGAGCUUGGCUUGUACUGAGUACAUUGGACUUCACGGCCUCCUCGAUCACAGUCCUCCUGACAAUUCUACGUAUAAGACGACCAAUCUUGUCGAUGUCAUAACACGCGUUCGUGAUGACAAGCGCUUUGAUGGGCUGUUCUCAAAUCAGGGAAUUACGAAUAUUGAGGCCUUGCUUCAAAAGCGCUUUGAUGCUCUCCUGGAACACUGGAAUGCCUGGCAGAUUACCGAUCCCACCACUCAGCUUGAACAGUGUUGUGAUCUAUCCGUAUUACUUGGAAUUGGCACUGGUGAUAAAGAAGGAAAGUUUGAUUUCUAUCUGAUUCAUGUGAUGACUGUUGCUCAUGCCAUCCGCAUUCUAUGGCAAACUUUCCCAGAGGAUAGGCAGUCAGCGAUCCUGAGACAGUACGGAUUAUUCGUACUCCUUGUCUACAUUUGCCAGCAAAAGCCAAAUUUCUCUGAGGAUACAGCUGAAUCAAUCUCCUCAGUCUGCCUAAGUAACCAUGACUGGAAAUGGGUAGUAGAAAAGGCAUUGAGUCACAAAUGGGCUAAGGAUUCCCAUUUCUUCAAGGCCGUGCGCGCUCCCAAAGCCUUUUCCGAAACGUAUGGGAAGAAAGAUGAAUUUUAUCUAAAGGCGUCUCUGAAGUAUGUCACUGAGUUCAAUGGGUGGGAGGGAUUUGGAGAGGGAGUCGAAGGCUUCCUCCCAAGCCGAGAUGGCUAUAGACCGGAGGAUAAUUGA